AUGGAUCGACCAUUCAACGCAGAGGACUCGGAUGAGAUUCAGACACUGGGACCGCCGACGCUCUCCUCAACCGACCCAGACAUGGUCACCGCUCUCUCACUCCCCACUUCGCCCGUCGACCUCGAAGCCCAACAGUCUCCUCCCGUCUCCCUCUCAGACCCUUCCUCAUAUCCUGGAAGACCUGCAGGCUUGCAUCCGCUAGCUAUCCCCCCGCUCUCGCUCGGUCAGAAACUGUAUAUCAUCCUCCCCCAGAUGAUUGGCGCGGCUAUCCUUGAUGGUGCUGCUAAUUUCGGUAUCGGAUGCGCGAUGUACUUGAACGCGAAGAACGUGAGGAUAUGGAUCUUGAAGAAUAAUACCGUCGCCGGUGAUAUGGCGGUGACGAUCUUCAUCCAGGGAGUCUUGACGUUCUGCAUCGCCUCCGGGAUGGUGCACGUGGAUCUGCGGAAGAACAAGAUCUCGGCGUUCCAAUACCCAUGGCCGGACACGUCGUGGGGGGCCGCGAAACGACUCCCGCCCAAUGAAGCCCAGACGCGCCUCGGCCGGCUGUGGCGACAGUUCCACAACGGCCAGGGAUUCUCGCGCGGGCUCCACUUCUUCUCGGGCUCGGACGUCAACGAUAUCUUUGACUCACGACUCUCGCGCAAGCAGUUCACCACACGGCUGUGUUGGUCCAUCUGGAAAGGAAGCGUCCUGUCUCUCAUCUUCUUCUUCCUCAUCUGGCCCAUCUCCAUUGCCAUCGUAACCCCCAUUUGGGUCGACGAGAACCUCGGGAAUGGAAACUUUACAGCCCCGUUGAUCAAAGCGGUCUAUGGGUUUGUCUAUGGACUGUUGAUGAAUCCGGUUUGCGCGAUGAUUGCGAUGGGUUCUGAGGAUUCGGUGCGGGCUCAUCGGGAGGAACGGCAACAGGCGAGAUUCCAGAACCCGGAGAAGGAGGCCAUGAAGACGACGGCAGCGGAGCGAGUGGCGGCCGUUGAUCCUUCGAAAGCCAUGAGCCCUCCAGCCCAAGACGCCAAGCCCUCGAUGGCCCAGAUCUCGAACAACCCCCCUCAACGUGUCCAAAGUCUUCGACGCUCUUUGGAUACUCUCGGGCUCAGGGGCACUGGGACGGUCGAGUUUGAAGACUCGCAAGGGCCCCGUGGGCCUGGUCACACCGGCCUCGGAUGGCGCUCCGCCGAUGUCCACCGACGUCGUUCGCUCGAUACCGCCCGUCGUACCAGUCGCGGGCGCUAUGCUAAUCCUUCAGGCGACCUCAACCGGUCCACCUCGGUCGGUAGCGCGCGCACUAAAUCUCAACCUGAUACCUUUGGUCUCUUCGGUCCUUCGGGCCAGCUUGCCACGCCUCAUGAAGCCUCUCAUCGGCAUUCGUCUCAUAGUAAUACGCCCGGUCGGAUGCGCACUUUGAGCGAACAUUCUGCUCAGCUUUAA